AUGGUGGAUCUCAAUGACCCUUCCAAGGGAGAAUCCUCCCAAGAGGCAGAAAGCUCCACCAGCCAGCAACACAGCUCUGCGGACCUCUUUCGAGAGCGCACCGUCUCGGUGGCUUCCACAGCAUCGCAGGGACGGCGUUCCUCGGGGAGCUCCACCGGCAGCCGCAGCCAGAGGGACAGCCUCCAGCACCGCAUCAUGCACCUGUCCGAGCUGCUGCGGGUGGAGAAGGCCAACCAGGACGACAACACCUCCUGCUACGUGGAGCUGGUGAGCAAGGCCGACCGGGAGAAGGCCCCCUCCAUCCGGCAGGCCUUCGAGCGGAUCAACCAGCGCUCCUCCGCCAACAUCGCCCACCUCGAGCAGCGCCUGCAGGACUGCUGGCUCCAGCUGAAAAGGUUGGAGCAGAAGGCGGCGGCGGAGCGGGACAGCCUCGCCAGCACCUCCUCUUCCCAGCAGCAGCUCUCCACCCCUAGGGGCAGCUUCUCCCGCCCAGCAUAUUUCAGCCUCCCUCGGCUCCGCGGCUCCAAAAAUAGCACCGUGGAGGAGAUCCACAGCCCUCCCCCUGUGCAAAGCGAGGAAAGAGGCCCCGCCCCCGAAGCCAACACCAAGCAGGCCCUGGACGAGGCAGUCCAGCUGAGGCUCCAGGAACUCCGGAGUCAGCUGGCCGAGCUGAAGGGAACCCACAAGGCCCUGGAGGAGGAAUGGCAGAAGCUGGAGAAGUCAUGGAAGGAAGACAAGUGGGAGAUGAUGGAACUCUUGCAGGAGGAGAAGAAGAGGCACUACAACUUGGAGGUGCAAGUGAACGACGUGGUCCAAGUGAAUCUCAGCGAGAUCAACAACCUCAAGCAUGACUUGGCCUGCACUGAAGAGAAGAUGGUCUAUCAGUCCUACGAGCGGUCCCGGGACAUCUGGGAGGUCCUGGACUCCUACCAGACCCGGCUGGCCAAACUGGAAACGCAGCAACAAGCCCAGCAGCAGGAAGCCAGGGAUUUACCUCAAGCCAGCGUGUACAAACUGUACGGGCAACUCAUGAACCUCCUGUUGACCGUGGCCGCCAUCCUCCUGGUGUGCGUCUCCACAGUGUCAGCCUUUAGCUUUCCUCUCCUGCGCACCCCCUGGCGUGCCAUGACCACUCUGGGUGUGCUCACGGUGGUCGUUUUGCUCUGGAACUACUUGCCAGACAUCGCAGAGCUGGAAUGGACCACGUGGUUUUCCUCCACUUAG